GUUGCUCAAGAAUUCCGUCUCACUUUCUCUCUCUCUCUCGAGAAAUUCGGAACUUCUCUGUUGAGUUUAUUGAAAUGGAAGAGGUUACAGAUGUGAGCAGUGAGUGCUUUGAGCGGUUGAUGAAAAAUGACAAUCAAAUCAGAAGGCUCAUUCAAUUGCCUGCUUGGCAAUGUGCAGCGAAGAGUUUCGUUCCGUUUUUUUUCCCAAGAAAUGCGAAACUCUCUUCUUGUGUAACGUAAUCGGAGCUCUUCAAUUGCCUUUAUAAGCUUAAGCUCUCAUGGAAGUUCAAGCUUGCCAUUUGUAUUCGUCUCUCUUCUCUGAAAAUAAUCUUCGCAGCUCUGUAUUCAUCUCCCCCUUUUUCUGUUUCAUACGGGGGAGAGGUACAGUGUUGAGCCAAAAAUGAAAAACCGUGGUCCUCGGAAGGUAUCUGCGAAAUGGAUUCCGUUCUUUUGCCUUUCGUUCUUCCUGGUUGGGAUGCUUCUCACUUCCAAUGGCAGGAUCUGGACGCCGAAGCAACCGGAUUCACGCCUUGUUUCUCAGCUACAACACGAUCAGCACCACCUCCGAAGUGCAUCUGAAGGCAUCACUACGAAUCAGAAAUCUGCCGAGGACAAGAGAGUGUUGGCGGAGUUUCACAAAACACAGGCAGCAAUUCAAUCUAUAGGCAGGCAAGUUUCUACACUGAAGAUGGAAAUGGCUGCAGCGCGGAAGAUGACCGCUUCUAACAUCAAAUUGCCAUCAAAUAAAGAUCAUUUCCCAAAGAAGAAGAUGUUCAUAGUGAUUGGAAUCAACACUGCCUUCAGUAGUAGAAAGCGGCGUGAUACAGUGAGGGAGACAUGGAUGCCUCAAGGGGAAAAACUCUUGCAAUUGGAGCGCGAAAAGGGUAUCGUAAUUAGGUUCAUGAUUGGCCAUAGUGCAAAGGCCAACAGCCUAUUAGACCGGGCGAUUGAUUCAGAAGAUGCUCAACACAAAGAUUUCUUAAGGCUGGACCACAUUGAAGGGUACUUUGAAUUGUCUGCAAAAACAAAGAUUUUCUUCACUACAGCUUUUGCUAAAUGGGAUGCUGACUUCUAUAUUAAAGUCGAUGAUGAUGUUCAUGUCAAUUUAGGUGCGUUAGCUACAACUCUUGCUCGUCAUCGUGCUAAGCCAAGAGUGUACAUAGGCUGCAUGAAAUCUGGACCUGUUCUUUCUGACAGGAAUGAGAAAUACCAUGAACCAGAAUAUUGGAAGUUCGGGGAGGACGGGAACAAGUAUUUCAGACACGCAACUGGGCAGAUUUAUGCAAUAUCAAAUGAUUUAGCCUCUUAUAUCUCGACCAACCGGCAAAUACUGCACAAAUAUGCAAAUGAGGACGUGUCACUCGGUGCGUGGUUCAUUGGUCUUGAGGUCGAGCAUAUCGAUGACCCCAACAUGUGCUGUCCCACGCUACUAGACUGCGAGCUGAAAGCUCAAGCAGGAGAUGCUUGCAUUGCUUCAUUUGAUUGGAAAUGCAGUGGGAUUUGCGAAUCAGUGGAGAGAAUGAAAUAUGUUCAUGAGAAGUGCGGGGAAAAGAAUGAUACUCUAUGGAAUGCUUCCUUUUGACAUUGUAAAAGUUUUGGCUAUAUAUAUACACACACACAUAUAUAUAUAUAUAUAUGUUUAUAGAGGUUAACGAGCGAGGAGCGAGCUCGAACGUCGAGGUUCAGAACGUGCAGUUCAUAAACAAAGGCUGCUUCUUCUUGAUCUUCAUGUUCAUCUUGUUUUUCCUUCUUGGUCAGCUCUUGUGGAAGCCAUGUGAGAGAGAUGAAUGAAAAUGAAUAGUGGUGUUAUUUUCUUUAGCCUAAUAACAAUACCAUACUUUUCUCAA